GGGUCCCAAACAUUUUGCUGGCGGGUCCUGAGGCCACCAUGCCGAACGGCCUCGUUGAGAUUCGGGAAAUUAUUCGCCCUAACCAGAGUUGACAUGGUGUUAACUGAGAUCAGAGUGAAAAUCCAUAUUACCACCUCGGGUUCGGAACUAAUUAGUGGGGUUUAGGAAUAAGAAUGGAGCAUCUUCUAUUUAUCAUUACAAUGGUGGAAUAAUAAAGUAUGGUAAAAGCAUAGCUUUUUCGGUGGUGGAGAUUGCACGAGCCCGUCUGAUUCGUUUUACUUUGAGACCUCUUGGAUUACUCCUUUUGCCGUUAAUCUAUUUUUUCGGCAACCAUGAUUUUCUCCCCCCUCUCAACUUUAUGAGCAAAUGAGUUGAAGAUAUUUGAACGGAGACACCCCGGAUCUUUCAAGUUUGUAGAAUUCUCGAUACCCAGGUGGGAAAACAAAAGCAAUUUCGAGCUUCUCUAUCUUGCAUUGUUCAAGCAUUAGCGAGUUGAUGACUGGUUGACUCGAUUCAAGUUCAGAGGCUCUCAAAUGGAAAAAUCUCAAAGUAUGUACGCAUUCAAGGAACAGGGAAAUUUGUAUGUUUAGAAGGCUCAGGUUUGGAUGUUUUGAUGGUUAAAUUGCUGACAGCUGACCUGUUUCAAGCCUCAUUUAUCACAUACUUGAAGACGUCAAGGUGGCCUAGUGCUGGGUCUUGAGGCCCACAGAACUUAGGGCAUCAAGAAUAGAGUUCUGGGACUCGAGCUGGAAGCAUAGUAUAUAGUUUGGCAUAUGAAAGAGUAUGAGGUUCAUUGAAUUCGUUUUGUAAAUCUGAAGUGUGAGGAGUCACUUUGAUGUGAUUGGCUUUUGUGCCAUAUGAUUUGAAUUUGGUAUUUUUAAGUCUCCAUAAUCUUAAUACAUUCACACUUCUAGUCCAAAUCAUCAGCAUGCUGUAGAAUCCGGCAAUUUAAGGAAGAAACUUAGUUGUCUCAGAUUGGCCUGGUUUUUCAAAGCAUUUCAUAGAUUUACUCUUACAGCCAAAUGGUGUCUAGAUCAUAUUCAAACUUGUUGGACCUGGCUUCAGGUGAGUCUCUGAACUUAGGGCGAGUAGGUAGGCGACUCCCUAGGGUAAUGACUGUGGCAGGAAUCAUUUCAGAGCUUGACGAUGACAAUUGCAACAGUGUAGUUUCAGAUGCACCUUCAUCUGUCAUUCAGGAACGAACAAUAAUUGUAGGGCACCAGCUUCCUUUAAGGAUUGAGAGGAAAUCUGAUAACAAAGGGUGGGCUUUCAGCUGGGAUGAGGAUUCAUUGCUUUUGCAGCUUAAAGAUGGGCUUGCAGAGGAUGUGGAGGUUGUCUAUAUUGGUUGCCUCAAGGUGGAAGUUGAUCCAAGCGAGCAGGAUGAUGUUGCUCAGGUAUUGCUAGAGAAUUUCAAAUGUGUACCAGCAUUUCUUCCUCCUGAACUUUCAAGCAAAUUUUACCAUGGUUUCUGUAAACAACAACUGUGGCCACUCUUCCACUAUAUGCUACCUCUUUCACCAGAUCAUGGUGGCCGAUUUGAUCGGUCUCUUUGGCAAGCUUAUGUUUCUGUUAAUAAGAUAUUUGCAGACAAGGUCAUGGAAGUGAUUAGCCCUGAUGAUGAUCAUGUCUGGGUGCAUGAUUACCAUUUGAUGGUAUUGCCCACCUUUUUGAGGAAGAGAUUUAACAGGGUGAAGCUUGGUUUUUUCCUGCACAGUCCCUUCCCCUCUUCGGAAAUUUACAGAACUCUCCCUGUUCGAGAUGAAAUCCUUCGGGCUCUCCUUAAUUCAGAUUUAAUUGGCUUCCAUACAUUUGAUUAUGCAAGGCACUUCUUAUCCUGUUGCAGCAGGAUGCUUGGCCUUUCCUAUGAGUCAAAGAGGGGUUAUAUAGGGCUCGAAUACUAUGGCCGCACUGUAAGUAUCAAGAUCUUGCCAGUGGGCAUUCACAUGGGUCAGCUACAGUCUGUGCUGAAUCUUAGUGAUACAGAAACCAAAGUCAUAGAGCUGAGAGAUCGUUUUAAGGGAAAGACUGUUUUUCUUGGUGUGGACGAUAUGGAUAUUUUUAAAGGCAUAAGCUUAAAGUUACUCUCAAUGGAACAGCUUCUUAUACAACAUCAGGAGUGGAGAGGCAAGGUGGUUAUGGUUCAGAUUGCAAAUCCUGCAAGGGGUCGAGGAAAAGAUGUUCAGGAAGUGCAGGAAGAGACAUAUGCUACAGCCAAGAGAAUAAAUGAGAUGUUUGGCAACUCAAACUAUAAGCCUGUGAUACUGAUUGAUAAGCCUCUUCAAUUUUAUGAGAGAAUUGCUUACUAUACUGUUGCAGAAUGUUGCAUGGUCACUGCAGUGAGGGAUGGAAUGAAUCUCAUUCCCUAUGAAUACAUCAUUUGCAGGCAGGGAAAUUCUAAAUUAGAUAAAAUAUUAGGACUGAGUCCAUCUUCCGCAAAGAAGAGCAUGCUAGUUGUUUCAGAGUUUAUUGGAUGCUCGCCUUCUCUUAGUGGAGCCAUCAGGGUCAAUCCCUGGAAUAUUGAUUCAGUUGCUGAGGCCAUGGACACAGCCAUUGUUAUCCCUGAGUCUGAAAAGCAACUAAGACAUGAAAAACACUAUCGGUAUGUGAGCACUCAUGAUGUGGGGUACUGGGCUCGUAGUUUUUUGCAAGAUUUGGAUAGAGCAUGCAGGGAUCACAACAGGAGGAGGUGCUGGGGCAUUGGCUUUGGAUUGAGUUUCAGGGUAAUUGUGCUUGAUACAAACUUCAGGAAGCUUUCAACAGAACAUAUUGUCUCUGCAUAUAAAAGGACCAAGAGUAGAGCAAUUUUGAUGGAUUAUGAUGGUACUAUGAUGCCACAGGCUUCUAUAAAUAAAACUCCUAGCCCAGAGGUACUUUCUAUUUUGAAUAGUUUGUGUAGUGAUCCUAAGAAUUUUGUGUUUAUUGUAAGUGGAAGAGGGCGGCAAAAACUCAAUGAGUGGUUUUCCCCUUGUGAUAAGCUGGGAAUUGCAGCAGAGCAUGGGUAUUUCUUAAGGUGGAGUCCACAUGCUGAAUGGGAAACAUGUGUGACUGUAGCAGACUUUGAUUGGAAACGAACUGCUGAACCUGUUAUGAAAUUAUAUGCUGAAACUACAGACGGCUCUGCAAUAGAAUCAAAGGAAAGUGCUUUGGUUUGGCAUUAUCAGGAUGCUGACCCAGAUUUUGGAUCCUGCCAGGCAAAGGAGCUACUUGAUCAUCUUGAGAGUGUACUCGCAAAUGAGCCCGUUUCUGUCAAGAGUGGUCAACAUAUUGUAGAGGUCAAACCUCAGGGUGUCAGCAAGGGACUGGUAGCAGAACGGCUUCUUUCAACAAUGAUGCAGAGAGGUACAAUACCAGAUUUUGUUCUUUGUAUUGGAGAUGACAGAUCCGAUGAAGAGAUGUUUGAGUGCAUCACAAGUGCCUUAUCUGGACCAUCACUGUCAUCUAUAGCAGAAGUGUUUGCAUGUACAGUGGGUCAGAAGCCCAGUAAAGCUAAAUACUAUUUGGAUGAUACUGCGGAAAUCAUAAGAAUGCUCCAGGGUCUGGCCUCAGCUUCAGAUCAAGCAGCACGAAAUUCAUUUCCACAUUUUUCUCUUGAGAGUGCACCUUGAACUUAUUGGAGAUGUGCCUAGAAAUGCUCUUGCAUAAGGAAGUUGACAUCACGAUAGGGAGCAUGUAAGGUCUGUCAUAAUGAGAUUUGAAGGGAGGGUGGAAUUCAGUCAUUGUUGUUUCUUUCUUUGAGGAAAGGAUGAACCUUUUAACAUUUGUUCCGUGAAGUAGGGCAUGACAUUCUAGUAUUAAGGAGUCGAAGUAAGUUGAUGUCAUUAUAUUGUGAGUAUGAGUGAGUGAUUUGGAUUUGCACAAGGAUUGUCCAUUUGUUCUUAAAAUGCAGAGAUGUAACCUUGUUUUCAUUUUAUAGCAUUUAAUCGUUGCUUUA